GCUGAAUGUUUCAACCACUUGAUUGUGAGUUUUGGGAUUACUGAGUUUGGCGUCAUUAACGUGGCCCUCUUCUCCUCUAUUUCGGGGCGACCAAGGAUAAAUGUGUUGGAAGCAGACGAGCUAGCCCUGCGUAAAUUGAACUUGCAAUGUGACCUGUGAGACUACUCUGUAAACAAGCCUUCCCUCUGUACAAGGACCGCGUAUUUCAAUUUUUUAAAGUAAAAAAUCUGUUUCUGCUACUCCGCUUUCCUCUUUGGUGUGGAGUUCCUGAUUGGCAUUGUAUGGUUUAUUCAGACAACUAUGGCUCGUAACUUUAGUCUUCAACCUGAAAGAAAGAGUCGCAUGACCGGAGUUCCUGUGAAUCCUAAAACGAGAGCUUCGUCUGUUACUUCCCAGGAACAAAAGCAUAUAAGUCGUGAUGUGAAAUCCAAAGAAAAUAUCACUAAAAUGAUAGGGAGUUUAAUACAAUUUUUGGAAGCCACGGACUAUUCAAACCCACUUUCCCCUAAAAUCCUCCAUUCUCCUAAGUCGAAGGAGAUAUUUUCGAUAUUCGAACAUCUUGUUCGACAAAUCGAGCCCUCCUUUCGCAUUGAAAGUGAUGCAACCAAAGCAGCAGAUGUCUGCUUAAAUCAUCUUAAAAUGUUAGGCUAUCCAAAUAUUCUUAGUAAGCAUCACUUAUUAGCUCCUGGUGCUCCUCAAGCCUGGAAUUCAGUUUUAGCGGCGUUUGAUUGGCUCCGAGAAGAGAUAGAAAAUGCAAACGAUUUUAUAGAUUUUUCGGUGUUCAGGUAUGAUGAAGAUCAAGAUACUGAGAAGGAGCCGUUGAAUAAAAUUAUUUUCGAAUUGAAAUCAGUUAUUUUCAGGCGAAGACGCGAAGGUGUUGAUAUAUCUCCAAAUGAUAUUGAAGAUUAUCGUUGUCGUAUCAAUGAAGUAUUGAACGCUCCUAAUAAAGAUGACAUGAAUAAACUAUACGACCGUUUGUAUGAAUUGGAUAAAGAAAUCAAUAGCAUGAAUAGCGUAGAUGAUGAAGAAAGAUCGUUAAGAAGUCAAUUAGCUGAAAUGGAAUCCAAUUUGAAGUCAUUAAACGAGAAUAUGCACGACCGUGAAACUCAGAUAACUAAGUUAAAGUCUUUAGAUGAUGAGCGCACGAACGUUUUAAGAGAACUUGAAUUAAAAAUCAAAGAAGCAGAGCAACAGUUGGCAGUAGUACGUGCAAAAGUGAAAAAAGAAGAAGAUGCUGGUUAUGGACGAUUAGCUCAGGAAUAUGUUAUGCUUCAAAAACGUGUCGAUGAUCGAUUACGUGCUAGAGAUGAUUUAAUUAAGCAAGUUGAACAAAAAGAAUUGGAUUAUACACGUCGUGAAGGCACCAUUGCUCCUACUUUGGAUAAUUACAAUCGUCUUGUCGGUUCAUUAAGGAAACCACUGUUUUCACAGAUUACAAAAAAUUGUAAUUUAGAAGUUUGCACAUAUCGUAAAGGAUUCGAUAUUGCAAAACAAUUACCAUUGUUAGUUCAAAAUGUCAAGACUUGUGUUGAACAGUUAACUUUAGCUUUGACUACUGAAGAACAAAGGUUGAACGAAUUAGUUGGACGUCUAGAAACAAUUCAAUCGUCCAUUGAUAAUUCAGAAUUACCAGAUGUACAAGUUAAAUUAAAUGAAGUAAAAAUAGAUAUAGCUAAAUUAGAUGAACUUUUAACGGAAGAAUGUAAUGCACAUGUGAAAGCUGAAGAAGAAUAUGUUAAUUUAUGUUCACAAAGAGCUAAAGAAUUAGAUCAGCUGAAAAAACAAUUAAUUGAUGAUGAACAACAUCAAACAGAAUUACGUGCGAAACUUGAAGAAAUAAUUCAAGAAAGAAUUAAAAUCACCUCUUAUGUUGAAAAUAUUAAUCAGCAAUUAUCAGUGUUUAUUCCUUAUAUCGAGUCAUAUUUUAAAACCAAAGAGUCUGCUAAUCGUAUCUGGCAAAUGCAUGUAAAUUUACUACGUGAAGAAGUUCAAAGUUCAGCACGUCGUAUUGAAAAUAAAGUCAAAAAAGCACUUGAAGAAGAUUCAUUGUCUGAAUAAAAAUUUUCUCAAAAAAAGUGAUAACUUUACCCCUGUAAAUAAAAUAACUUCAG